GCACUCUCACUUCACCUCCACUCGGUGCCGGACGGGGAAUAACUUCUCAAGUACUUUUUUCUUUUCUUUUAGCGUAAAGAUCCCUCCCGGAUGACAUCUUCUCGCGCUCCUCGCGCUCACUCUCCCCCCUGACGGCGCGCGCCACUCCUCUGAUCCCGACACUCGGGCGCACACCGACAGAAGGAGUUACCCAAAAGUCCCCCGGAGCCGCUCCAGCGAUGGUAACUUUACGCACGGGACUUGAAGGCGGCUUCCUCUGACUGCUUCGGCCGCUCGUGCACGUCUCGGCGCGUGACCGACGCUCUCCAUCGUCGGACCCCUCUGCACACCAUCUCCCAAAGUUUUUUGUGCCGGAAGAAAAGAAAAGAAAACACGCCGCGGACGCCGAGUCAGUGAGUCCAGGUGACGUUCAUGCAUCUUAAAGUCGUCCUCCAGUGAGCAGAGAGGAGUUAGAGUCUCGUACACCAAUGAUGUCUUCCAUGGGAGCGACGCCUCCCUUUGACCCGCCCUCUGAGGAAGAGGAGGAGGAGGAAGAGGCGAUGGGUCAGGACAACGCCGCCUGGGCCGGCGGCGAGCGAGACGGCCCGAAGGAGACGCCGUCUCCCGCUUCCUCUCACGGCCACGCCCCCCCGGACGAGCCGCAGCCAAUCGGGGACAAGCUGACGGACGCGGGGUGGGACAGCAUGGCGCCCGUUGCCACGGACAAUGAGAGCAGUAAAGGCGGCUCCGUCUACUCCUACCGGACUAACUCCACCUCUCCGCCCAAGCCGGAGGAGGGCUCCAGGGAGCCGAUGGUCGGCCUCGUCUUCGGGACGCCGGAGCGCCGCAAGGGAAGCCUGGCGGACGUGGUGGACACGCUGAAGCAGAAGAAACUGGUGGAGCUGACCAAGACGGAGCAAGACGAACCCUCUUGCAUGGAGAGGCUCCUCUCGAGGGAGUGGAAGGAGCGUGUCGACCGCCUGAACGCCGACGAGCUGCUGGGGGAGGUCAAAGGUACGCCGGAGUCGCUGGAGGAGAAGGAGCACCAGCUCUCCGCCAUGAUCGGUCAGCUGAUCAGCCUCAGGGAGCAGCUCCUCUCCGCCCACGACGAGCAGAAGAAGAUGGCCGCCUCGCAGCUGGAGAAGCAGAGGCAACAGAUGGAGCUGGCCAGGCUGCAGCAGGAGCAGAUCGGCAGACAGCAGCAGCAGCUCCUGCAGCAGCAGCACAAGAUAAACAUUCUCCAACAACAGAUCCAGGUCCAGGGUCACAUGCCUCCUCUGAUGAUCCCGGUGUUCCCUCACGACCAGCGGUCUCUGGCCGCCGCCGCCCAGCAGGGCUUCCUCUUCCCCCCGGGCCUCUCCUACAAGCCAGGUGAGAAUUACCCCAUGCAGUUCAUUCCAUCGACAAUGGCAGCUGCAGCGGCGUCCGGACUCAGCUCCUUACAACUACAGCAGCUGUACGCCGCCCAGCUGGCGAGCAUGCAGAUGUCCCCGGGGGCCAAGAUGGCGCCCCUCCCUCCGGCGCCCACCUCCUCCGGCCCGAUCUCGCCCUCCGCCGUGAAGAGCGAGAAGCGAGCGUCCAGCCCCGUGGCUCACGUCAAGGAGGAGGCGUCCACGCAGCCCCUGAACCUCUCGGCCAGACCCAAGACGGCCGAGCCGCUCCGGUCCACGACGUCCCCGACGCACGGCCCGUUCUCCGGGAGCAAGUCCAGCCCGACGGGCGCCGCGGCGGGGAAGGGCCGGAACGCCUCUCUGGACAUCCUGUCCAGCCUCAACUCCACGGCGCUGUUCGGGGACCAGGACGCCGUGAUGAAGGCCAUCCAGGAGGCCCGGAGCAUGAGGGAGCAGAUCCAGAGGGAGCAGCUCCUCCACCACCAGCAGCACCAUCAGCUCCACCAGCAGCAGCACCAUCAGCUCCACCAGCAGCAGCAGCAGCAGCAGCAGCAGCAGCAGCAGCAGCUCAGCCUGGAGGCCAAGCUGUCGGCCCUCAGCGGCAUGAGCAUCAACAACGGCAACAAGGAGCGGCUGCACUAUGAGACGCUGAGUCAGCACCUGGGGAAGCUCGGGGAGGACGCCGGGAAGAUGGUCCAUCGAGUCAUCGACCUGACGAGACCCGAAGAUCUGGACGGGAGCAGCAUCACGGAGGCGCGGGUGUUCAGGGAGGCGCGCGGCAGGAGCAACGCCGAGCCGCACAUCAAGAGGCCCAUGAACGCCUUCAUGGUCUGGGCCAAAGACGAGCGGAGGAAGAUCCUGCAGACGUUCCCCGACAUGCACAACUCCAACAUCAGCAAGAUCCUCGGCUCUCGCUGGAAGGGCAUGACGAACCAGGAGAAGCAGCCGUACUACGAGGAGCAGGCGCACCUGAGCAAGAUCCACCUGGAGAAGUAUCCCAACUACAAGUACAAGCCGCGGCCCAAGAGGACGUGCAUCAUCGACGGCAAGAAGCUGCGCAUCGGGGAGUACAAGCAGAUGAUGCGCUCACGGCGCCAGGAGAUGAGGCAGUUCUUCGUGGGGCCUCAGCCCCCGAUGCCUCUCGGCAGCAGCCCCGUCGGAGUUUACCCGGGCGCCAUCACCAUGGCGACGGUCACCACGUCCCCGCACCUGACCUCGGACUGCUCCAGCAACUCGGCGAGCCCCGAACCCGCCAUCCCCGUCAUCCAGAGCACGUACGGGAUGAAGUCCGAGCCCGGCGGCGGCGUCAUCGGGGGGGUCAUCGGCGGGGUCAUCGGCGGGGUCAUCGGGGGGGGCAGAGCCCUGGACCUGCCGGGCGUCCCCGUCGCCAACGGAGACGGGGACACGGACAUGUACGAGGACUUUGAGGACAAGCCCAAGUCGGACUAUAGCAGCGACCGCGAGACGCGGGAGGCCGUCAGCGCCAACUGAGCGGGCGCAAGAAAAGAAAAGAAGAAGAGAAGGAGAUGAAGAGGAGGAGGAGGAGGAAGACAAAAAGAAAAAAGAAAGCUCCUGUUAUACUCAGAGACACUUUUAAAAAAAAACACAGUUCAUUAAAGAGAGCUCGAGGCAAACUAUUCAGGACGCAUGGCGCCGAGCGGCGAGCGGCCGGGAUCCCCCCCCCCCCCCCCCCCCGGGAGGUUCCUGGACGGCGUCUCGGUGCGGCAGACAUUCAGACGACGACCUUCGCGGCUUCCUCCACGACGACAAUCCCCACGGGAGCCAAUGAGAGGACGAGAGGACGGUCACGUGACCGCGUGGUUCCAACAUCAGGAACUGGGCUUCAACGGCUACUUGGUCUUAAAUGUUUCAGGAGUGAGUUUUUAUCAUGAUGUAUUUACUUUUCUUAUUUUUUUGGGUUGUGUUUUUUUUCGUUUCCUCAUUGUUGUUUUUCGGUUGACUUUUAUUGUGGCGGGUCGCUGCCUCUACAAACUCUGGACUGUCAGAGGAACUUGAAAUUUGAAAAAAAAAUAAUAAUAUCAAACCUAGCUAUCAUAAUCUUAACGUCUUACUUUUCUUUGAGUUUCUUACAGUGCGCCGCCAUCUUGUUCCUCUGGCCGCUCACAUUACACGACUGUUUUCUUUUUUUAUAUCCCAGCUCAGGUAUGACGUGCCAGCUUGUGAAUGUGUUUGUUUGUUUGUUUGUUUUCAUACAGAAAGAGUGGUAGGACUGUCGAUGAAAUAAAGGGAGCACAAUCCCGUAUAUCACAUUAUCAUUAUUAUUAUUAUUAUAAGUAUGUAAGUACAGAUGGACUUCAAAUGUGCCAAACCUACAUUCACAUUCGCUCGGGAUGUCGUAGUCUUAACUUCCAAUGCUGCAAAAAAGUCUUACGCAAUCAGCUGUUUUCUUUCUGUUCACACACACACACACACACACACACACACACACAUGCACGCACACACACAUACCUCAGCUUCUAGGUGUAGUUAGAAGAGUCUGUUUUUUUCUUCCAAUUCCACCUCCACCGCAUCGAUGCUUUCAUGAACUACAUUACCCAGAGUUCCUUGAGGCCAAACACUUAAGAGCACCGUGUCGUAACAUUUUGGCGUCGUCCCUAUUAAUCUGGCCGAGAUGUCACAUCAAGGCACUCUUUAUCUUUAUUACCCGACUGUAGAAGAAGUAAAAAGCCCCCCCCCCCCCCCGUCACUGUAUUUUUUUAAAUCGUGUUUUUUUGAAUCGGUACAAAAGUGUACGAAUAUUAUAUAAAUUACUAUUUUUAUCAGCCCGUCGACGACAUUUGUAAACGUCUUCUCGGCAUCGGGCGGGGCGGAAGAACCAAACGUGUGUUUUUAAAGAAAAAAGAAAGAAUUUAUAUAGUUUCAAAACAAAAUGGGGUUUUAAGAGGUUCCGCUAUUUCAAAAUAAGGGUACGCUGUUUUCUAGAAUCGCCUGUAUAUUUUGAAGACGAGUAAAUUAUUAGGAGGAAGAAUGGAGGGGAAAACCUCGCUGGGCGUGAAGGCUUUUCUUUUUUAAAUUUUUCUCUCUAUUUGACUCAAAUGUCCCGUUUUAUUUUGUUGUCUCUUUUCACCACACAACAUGCUCAACACUUGUAUGACCUCGGGGUGCUUUUAUUUUGUAAUUUUCUUUCUCCACAUGUCUUCCUGGCUCCACGUUUCACAGUGUUUUAAGCUUCACAAGCUGGGACUGAACAUUGUUUUUUGUUUUUUUUGCUUGCAUAUCGAAGUAAAAAAAAAAAAAGCCUCAUGCACUAAGCACUGGAUAUAAAUUCUAUGUUUCAAAUUUUUUUUGUGUAUUGACUAAUGUGAAGUUGCUGUUUUGAUUUCCAACCUGAUGAAUUAGAAGUCACACAAAGCAAAUCUCCAUUUCUCUAGAAGCGUUUCACCCGUUGCUCCCGCGGCGCCUGAAGGGGUCACGCGGCCUCCGACCUCUUUCGAGAAAAAAAAAACGAGAAAAAAAAGUUGCGCUCGUUUAGCGGUCGCGACCCGCGCGGUAAUAAUAAAAAAAACGCCGCGCGCACGCGUGGUCCCCCCCGGGGCGCGUGUGCAUUUCUGUGGAUGAGUAUUGUGUUUUGAAAAUUUCAAUUGUGCGUUUUAACAUUUCAUUGUAUUUAUUAGCCAGCUUUGGCUCUAAAAAAAAACCGUGUCAGUACAACUUGGUGAGAAAGACAAUCAAAAAAAUAAAAUAAUAAACAAAUACAAAGAGUUGAGAUUCUC